AUGGAACACAUUGCAUCAGUUAGCCGGAGUAGCGGGCUCGAGCAAGGCGGGGAUGCCUUGAAGGAUUCCAAGGUGCAAGAACAGUACAGAGUGUUCGUGGGUGAGAAGCUACACAAGUUCUGGACAGAGAAGCAGACGAAGGAUGGGCAGGAGAACAUCUUAAUUUUGUUUCGAAAGCUUAGAGAAGGAAUCUUCGCGUCCAAGCGGAGUGAUGCCUUUGCAAUCGAAGUGUACGAAACCUCACUUUGCCUCUCCUCGCUAUUCGACUCCCCAAUCCAGACAUCUUCUAUUCUCUCUCACCUCCUGCCCGAACUCUACACCUCUGCAUCAAUCCAGCCUCCAAUCAGCUCGGUGCUGAUAUUGCUUCUUCACCACUUAAUCGCAGGAUAUCCAUCACAAAAGACCUACUUUGAACAUCUUUCGUAUCUCUCGCCCAACGUGCUCGAUAGGACAUCAGAAGCAUAUUUAUGGAUAUCAAAUCUAGCAACAAGCCUCCGCACCCUUAACCACAUCAAGGUUGAAGCACUUUCACGGCACGAUGCAUACAGGCAGUUCCUUUCUGUUUCCAAAUCAUCUGACGAAACAAAUGAUGAACUGGUCCGUCUAUCACAAGAUGCAGUGCACGCGCUGGUGGAACGGCUGAGAAGCAAGGCAAGGGAUAAGGCGUGGAUGGUGCUGCGCAGUGCAUACAGGGAGCUAUCAGCUUCAGAAGAGACUCAGACUUGGAUGGCCAAAUGCUUACUGCUUUCAACCGAGCAGACGCCUGGAUCAGGUCUUUCUUUACAGGAAUGGAUGGAUGGGCGAUGCCGAGACGGUCACCUUCGGCCGAAGGAAGGGGCAGUAGGAAGAUGGAUUGUCUGCAAGGUCAGAUGACCGCUACUGCUUAUAUUGAUGUUAAUUUAGUGUACGAUAGAAUGGUUAUGAUAACUUGUGAUCGUAUCUAAGUUUCAACCGAGAUCCAUCU